GUGAAUUCACUCCCCCGCGUUUUCUCUCACCCUUCUUUUAGUCCUCCUAGCAGCUUUCCUUUCCCCACAAAAAAUGGCAGCCAGCAAAACCAUCACCAUUGUCCUUAUCGCCGCCAUGUUCGCCUUAGCAUGGGGGCAGGCACCGGCGCCCGAGCCGGCCGCAUCUGCUUCUGAACCGUCUGCUUAUGCGCCACCGGGUUCGGACUGCCACAGUAACUUGCUGAAUGGGUCGUACUGCCUGUCGUACGUGAAAACUGGAAGCGACGCUACGAAGCCGGACAAGGCUUGCUGCCCGGAGCUAGCGGGGCUGUUGGAAAGCUCCCCUGCUUGUUUGUGUUUAUUAUUUGAUAAGAACAAAACGGAGAGCUACGGGAUCAGUAUUGAUAAGAGUAGGGCUCUCGAGCUUCCUUCUAUUUGCGGCCUUAAAACCCCUCCCGUCAGUUUGUGCUCCGGUAAUAAUUUCUUCUCUUUAAUUUUUCAUGUUUUCUAAAUUCCGGCAUGAUCCAUUGAUAAAUUAAGGGUUCACAG